AUGGAGACUGCCAGCACUCAGGCAGAUCCAUCGAUGACUGCUUAUUUACAGAGCCGAGAACACGGCCCGCUGCCACGUGAGAUGUUAACCGAGGAUAGUCUAUAUACACUAGUGUAUUAUACUGUAGACUCUUUGGUGCAUCAGCAUCACCAGCAUCAGCAUCAGCACCAGAGCCAGAGCCAGAGAGUGAGCGGACUGAAUAUUCCUCGAAGAGAGGAAGAAAGAAAGAAAGAGCCUGGGAUCCAAAGAAAACUUAACUUGGCAAUCUGGGAAGAUGAGGAGUGGAGUGACUCAGAGAAGACCCCGUCGGUGAGCAGCGGGGUGGAUGGUGGAGGAUCAACAGUAUCCAGCCCAACACCGCCGCACCCCGAUGAAGAAACGAGUCUCCCGCCUCCCCCAAGACUGAACCAAGCCUCAGGAAUUUUGAGCAACUCCUCAAUCGAAGACUUCCGCUUGCGCCUGAACAUCCUCUCGGAUGACGCGCGAAAGCGGUUGAGCAGCCUCGCGGACGAUUACGAGCUAUCAAAAGCCCUGCGGCAAGGAUCCAAGAGCCUAGAAAGGAGUCCCGCGAGGGUCGACAACGAUGACGGAACGUCUUCGCCAAAAGAGACUGAAUCCAGCAGAUCGACCGGUUCGCUGUGUAAGCGCCGGGAUUCCGACGAGUCCCGGCGCUCCGACACCAGCUGCGAGCACCCGAAAAAGAUGCGCCUCGAAGAAGAUGCACCUAAACUCCGGUUGAACGCUAGUUUGGCGACUGAUCCAGCGCUUAGACCCGCCACUGUUGCUGCUCUGACCCUGAAACCCGACGGUCUGUCUCCACCGAACUCGAGCUCUUCGCUGCCAGUCGGGUUGCAGAACGCCCUGGCCUCUGGGAGGCUCUUCGUGAUACCUACUGAUGGCAAGGACCCAAUCACCAUCGACCCGACCCGGCCCAUUCCGCUCUACUGUCCGCCGUGCGGGAUUAGGUUUUCAUCCGCCAGCACUUUGGAGGCUCACCGGACCUUCUACUGCGCCCACAGACCGAGAGCCGAGGAGGACAACGCUAACGACGAUGAUGACGACAAGUCCAGCAAAUACGAAGUUCGGAAAGCGUACGCGUGUCCUCACUGCUCCUACAGCGCCGACAAAAAAGUUUCGCUGAACCGGCACAUGAGGAUGCACGCAGCUUCGCCGGCAACUCCAGCUCCCGUUCCUGUUCCUCCAGUUCCUGCUGUUCCGCCAGCGUCUACCACUCCAGUUUCGAUCUCCAGCAGCAACAAUACUCCAACGAACGGGCUGGUCAACGAGGAAACCGAGCGGUACUGCAGGAACUGCGACAUCAGGUUCAACUCCUUGAAGACUUACCGCGCUCACAAGACUCACUACUGCAGCACCCGGCACGUGGUCAAGGACCCGCCUACUCCAGUUCCUGCAAAAGCCUCACCUCCAACAAGUUCCAGUCCUGGAGACUCUCCACCGCCGCAACCGUGUCUCGCUCUGCCGACAAACCCGAUCCUGAUUGUUCCCUGCUCGUUGUUCCGCGGGGCGAGUGUUCUGGCUGCCCCUUCGCUUCCAGCUCCAGACACCGCGUGCUUCCUCUUACCAAACGGGUCCCUUCAGCCGAUGACCAGGGGUCUGGCAUCGGUUGGAAAUUCUAUAGACCCCUCGCAAGUUCUCAGGGUGGCUAACAAGCCGGUGACUCCGGCUACGGUGGCCGUUCCGUCAAGGCCUAACUCUCCGUCUUCUGCGGCCUCGACUCCCCUGGAUCUGAGCAUCAGGCGGUCUCCGGUGCUGCAUCCGGACGAGAAAGAAAAUCGCGUUUCUCCAGCUCCUUCGUCAUUGCCGCCAUCUAGCAGUCCAAGGUCUAGAGGAAGCGCUAGUCCGCGAACGAGGUCGCUGCCGACGGUCCAAACAGCCGGCUCUGGAACGGCAACACCAACUGUUCCGCCAACGGAACUAGCGCUGAGACUUGCGGAACUACCUCCGCCUCCGGUUCCUGGGGUCCUGGUCAAGCAGGGUGUUUCCAGAUGUAAAGAGUGCAACAUUGUAUUCUGUCGGCAUGAAAAUUUUGUGGCUCAUAAGAAACACUAUUGCCAAGCGAGGGAAAAUACUGUCUGCAGUCCUCCUCCUUCGGGCACACCCUCACCUCCGCUGGUCCAGCUGAUCUGUGCGGCUUGCGGGAUCAAGUUCGCUUCGAUGGAUAAUCUCGUGGCUCAUCAAGCUUUCUAUUGUCCAAAAAAACCUGAGUCUCAGGAGCAUCAUACGCGUUGUCCUAAAUGCAAGGUGAUGAUUGAAACUGGUGCAACGCAUACUUGCUCGAUACAAGCUGGGGGUUGGAGAUGUCCAGUUUGCGGUGCAGUAAGUCCAACUGCUGGUGCUGCUCAACGUCACAUGGAUGCUCAUCAAGGUGUCAAAGCUUUUCGGUGUACUAUUUGUCGGUACAAGGGUAAUACUCUUAGGGGAAUGAGAACGCAUAUUAGAAUGCAUUUUGAAAAACGGGGAACUGAUUUACAGGAAGAAAAUUACAUAACAUGUGUAUUGGAUGACGACACAACGUCAGUACCAACACCUGAGCCAGCAACGGCAACAACUCCCGAAGAAAUUCCCGCCGAAAUCCAAGUCAAUGGAAAAACUGAAACAAGAAAAAGUCCUCAGCCUCCACCGCCGCAGCCUUCUCCAGCAGCUCCAGCUCCGCCACCAGCGCACUCACCGGUAGCAGUCCCACCAACAGCAACAGCAACAGCAGCAGUAGCGAGUCCAGUAGUGACAGUAGCAGCAAGCAAAGUGAAGCAAGAACGUGAAGAUACACCACCACCUGAAGAAACAGUCGAUCCAGCUAAAACAAACACUAACGCGCGAUACUGCCGCUCUUGCGAUAUAAGUUUCAACUACUUGAGCACCUUUAUCGCCCAUAAGAAGUUUUACUGCUCAAGUCACGCCGGUGAAGCAAGCAAUAACAACAAUAACAACAGCAAUAAUAAUAACAAUAACUCAAAUAGCCAUACGACGAGCCCUCCAGCUGGCAGAACUGAAGCUUCCCUCCUAUAG